UGCACGCCGGGGUCGCCGCGCGCCGCUCCGCGCCUCCCAUGGUGCCCCGCGGCGGCUGAAUGGGGCAGAGCCAAGAUGGCGGCGAGCGCGGCCCCGGCGGGCGGCGGGUCCCUGUUCGAGUGCCCGAGCUGGGCAGGGAAACCACCACCUGGCUUACAUCUGGAUGUAGUCAAAGGAGACAAACUCAUUGAGAAACUCAUCAUUGAUGAGAAGAAAUACUAUCUCUUUGGGAGAAAUCCUGAUCUCUGUGAUUUUACCAUUGACCACCAGUCUUGCUCUCGGGUCCAUGCUGCCUUGGUCUAUCACAAACAUCUCAAGAGGGUUUUCCUCAUAGAUCUGAACAGCACACAUGGCACGUUCUUGGGCCACAUCCGUUUGGAAGCUCACAAGCCCCAGCAGAUCCCCAUCGACUCCACGGUUUCCUUCGGCGCCUCCACGCGCGCGUACACCCUGCGCGAGAAGCCGCAGACACUGCCCUCAGCCGUGAAGGGGGAUGAGAAGAUGGGUGGUGAGGAUGAGGAGCUGAAGGGUUUGCUGGGGCUGCCAGAGGAGGAGACAGAACUGGACAAUCUGACAGAGUUUAAUACAGCCCACAACAAAAGGAUCUCCACACUGACCAUUGAGGAAGGGAACUUGGACAUCCAGAGGCCAAAGCGAAAGCGGAAGAACUCCAGAGUGACGUUCAGUGAUGAUGAUGAGAUCAUCAAUCCAGAGGACGUGGACCCAUCUGUGGGGCGCUUCAGGAACAUGGUACAGACAGCAGUGGUCCCUGUUAAGAAGAAGCGCCUGGAGAACGCGGGCUCGCUGCCCACGGACGAGUCGGCGUCGCGGCGCAUGCAGAGCUUCCCCUACAGCGGGGGGCUCUACGGGGGGCUGCCCCCCACCCACAGCGAGGCCGGCUCGCAGCCCCACAGCGUCCACGGCACCGCGCUCAUCGGGGGGCUGCCCAUGCCCUACCCCAACCUCGCCCCCGAUGUGGACUUGACUCCAGUUGUGCCCUCCACAGUGAACAUGAACCCAGCUCCGAACCCCGCUGUCUUCAACCCUGAAGCUGUGAAUGAACCCAAGAAGAAGAAAUACGCCAAGGAGGCCUGGCCGGGCAAGAAGCCGACCCCGUCCCUGCUGAUCUGAGCUGGGCUGAGGGAGGGGAGGAGUUACAACUCCAGAAACUUUUCAUGUGCGGUAUCGUCUUUUUAAAAUUUCAGUGUCCUAACAGAUGUAAUACCAAGAUUGGAGGAGUGAAAUAUCCUUUAAAGAUCUGUCUUCAAAUGUUUUUAUAUGUCUGUUAUAAAAAAAAAAAGAAAUGCA